AUGACGACGUCGGCGAGGAAGAUGAGCCAGCUCCCUGCCCCGGCCAGCCGGCUGUGGGAGGCGAGCAUCCGCAAGCUCCAGACCAUCCGCCGCGUCGGCACCGUCGCGCCCGCUGCGGGCCCCGUCGACGGCAGCGCCUCCGACGCCGCCACGCCCUGCCUCCUCUCCGUCAGCUCCUCGGCGUCCAGCACAAUCUACCAGUACCACGACGAUGGCGAGGACAGCGACACCAGCACCGAGGGCGGCAACGACUCGGACGCCGGCGACGAGGACGCCAACGCCGCCGCGCUCGGCGAGCCCACCCACGCCGAGCAGCUGCUGCCCAGCGGGGACUUCUACCAGGGCGACCUGCGCGGGGACCUCCCGCACGGCGCCGGCAAGUUCCUCUGGACCGACGGCAGCAUGUACGAGGGCUCGUGGCGCCGCGGCCGCGCGUCCGGCCGCGGCAAGUUCUCGUGGACGUCCGGCGCCACCUACGAGGGCGACUUCGCCGGCGGCUACAUGCACGGCCACGGCACCUACAUCGGCGAGUUCGGGGACACCUUCGCGGGGCUCUGGGCGAGCAACCUCCGGCACGGCCGCGGCACGCAGGCGUACGCCAACGGCGACGUGUACGACGGCCACUGGCGCGACGGCCUGCAGGACGGCCACGGCCGCUACAUCUGGCGCCACGGCCACGAGUACAUCGGCACCUGGAAGGCCGGCGACAUGCACGGGUGCGGCACCGUGAUCUGGGCCGACGGCGACCGCUACGACGGCGCGUGGGAGGAUGCCAGGCCCAAGGGGCAGGGCACGUUCCGGUGGGCCGACGGCGGGAUGUACAUCGGCACCUGGUGCGAAGAGUCCGGCGCGGUGCACGCCGACGGCGUGUACUACCCGCCGUCCGGUGGGCCCGCGGUGCCCGUGCCUCGGGAGCCGUGUGAGCCCAUCACGACGCUGCUCCAGGAGCUCGAGGCCUGCGAGGGGAAGAAGGCGUCGCUGAUGCCGUCGCACAAGAUACUGACGUGGCCAGGGGUGGAGGCCGUGCAGAAGAAGCCGGUGUGGCGGCCGCCCAAGGUCAGCGCCGACCACGGGAGGAGGUCCAGCGUGAGCAGGAGGAGCAGCGUGUCGCUGGACCUGGACAGCCUGCAGGCCGAGGGUGAGAGCGAGGAGGCGCGGACGGACAGGUCAUGCUUGCGCACGUCGUCAUGCAUGCGCACGCCGCCGAGGCCGGGGAAGAAGCAGGGGGAGACGAUUUCCAAGGGGCACAGGAACUACGAGCUCAUGCUCAACCUGCAGCUUGGCAUAAGGCAUGCUGUUGGAAGGCAGUCGGCGCCAACUUCGCUGGACCUUAAAUCAUCAGCAUUUGAUCCAAAAGAAAAAGUUUGGACAAGAUUUCCACCUGAGGGAUCAAAGCAUACUCCUCCUCACCAAUCGUGCGAUUUUCGGUGGAAAGACUACUGCCCCUUGGUUUUCAGGACUUUGCGCAAGCUCUUCGAUGUCGACCCUGCUGAUUACAUGAUCUCCAUUUGCGGGGAUGAGGCACUCAGGGAACUUUCAUCACCUGGGAAAAGUGGAAGUUUCUUUUACCUGACAAAUGAUGACAAGUACAUGAUCAAAACAAUGAAGAAAUCAGAAGUUAAAGUACUCCUUAGGAUGCUUCCAGCCUACUAUAAACAUGUCCGUGCUUUUGAAAAUACUCUAUUAACAAAAUUUUUUGGUCUGCACUGCGUUAAACUUACAGGAGCUAUUCAGAAAAAGGUCCGGUUUGUUAUAAUGGGGAAUCUUUUCUGCUCCAACUAUGCAAUCCAUAGGCGCUUCGAUUUGAAAGGAUCUUCACAUGGUCGCAUGACAGACAAACCCAUUGAUCAAAUUAGCGAGCAUACCACGCUGAAGGAUCUUGAUCUAAAUUUCAUCUUCCGGCUAGAAGGAUCUUGGUUUCAAGAAUUCUGCAGACAAGUCGACAAAGAUUGUGAACUGAUGGAGCAGGAAAGGAUCAUGGAUUAUAGUCUUUUGGUUGGUAUUCACUUCAAGGACAGAUGCAAAGAUAAGCACAUGCAUGCUUUCACGUACUUGCAGUUGCAAAAAUUGAGGACUAACAUAGUACUUGUGGAUUUUUUCAGGAAAACGCCAUUAAAACUAGGAAUUUGCAUGCCCUCAAGGGUGGAGAACGUAGCGAAGAAUCCCGAUAGUGAAUUUCCGCUCAUUGGUGAGCCCACAGGCGAAUUCCAGGAUGUCAUUUUGUUCUUUGGAAUCAUUGACAUCCUACAAGACUAUGAUAUUAGCAAGAAGCUCGAGCAUGCUUACAAAUCCAUGCAGUAUGAUCCCAACUCAAUAUCGGCCGUUGACCCGAAGCAAUACUGCAAGCGGUUCAGGGACUUCAUUUUUAAGGCUUUCGCAGAUGAUGUACAAUAA